AUGCCCUCCCGCGGCGGCACCAGCGUCCACAUAGUGGCCCUAGACGGUAUCGUGAACGUGAACUCCCUCUUCACCUUGGCCGUCUUCAUCGGCCUGACCUGGGAUCCCAACGACCCGAACAACACCCUGAUUGAGGUAAACGACCCCACCACCUGCCGCGCCGGGCCCCGCGUCGCGGAGGACCUCGUGGCCUUCCACGUGUACUCCUUCAGCUCCUUCCUCUUCUCCAGCCUCGUCGCCGUCGCCCUCAAGCAGGCCAUCCGGAUCACCCGAACCCCGUCCUACCACCCGGCCGAGCUCCUCGCCCGGGUCAACAGCUCCGCCCUCCGGGUCGGGAUGCUCGUCUCGGGUGCGGGUUCGGUUUGCGGGUGCGUGUUCCUGAUGCUGGCUCUCAUCAACGUGGUGCAGAUCAAGCUCGGGACUUUGGGUUGCGGGAGCUCCCACACUUUGGCCGCCGUGAUCCCGCUUGUCAUCUUCGUCCCCGUUGCGCUCCUCAUCUAUGUUUGUAUCGUUUUGUACGCUUUUACGCGCUAG